AUGGCCCUUGAAAUUGUGUUUUAUACCUCAUGCAUGGUGUUUUCCUCCAUCGGAAUCUACCUCAAUCUAUGCUACCAACGGGCAACCCAUCGAUCCACCGUCUAUCCACGAUAUUGUGGAAAGAACUUGCGGUUUCUGUCAAUAGCGCAUAUUGUGUUGGCAUGUUCGAAUAUCUUAGCAACAGCAGCAUGUUGGAUGUCCCGAGUGAAUCGUACGAAAAAAGCCGAGUCGUUCUUUUCCACAUUCCUAUCACUGUCACGUGCAAUACCUCAAGUCACCAUCCUAUGGACUACACUGGAAAGGGUGAUGUUUAAAAUGAGUCCAGUGAUUCGAGAGAGUCCGAAAUUCUGGCAUACAGCACUGUUUCGAGUCGUCCAAAUAAUGGCGUCUCUAAUAACCGAAGUGUGUAUCAGAACAGCAUUCAUGAAUUCCGAGGAGCAGUCAAAAAUAUCGCUUGCAAAUGCGGCUCUGGAAGUGGCCAACACUGAAGAUCUGGCGAUAAAGAGUACACUCACUACGAAUUAUAUGUUUGAUUAUUAUCACGGAGGAGUUCUUAUUUGCUGUCUGGUGGUAGCCCUUGUCAUGUUUAAUUCCGCACGUGCCUCUCAUCAUCGUGCCGGUCUACUCGGCGGCUUGCGAAAUGAUCAGAAGAUCCAAAACCUCGGAGGUCAAAUGAAAUUCUUCAAACGUUCCUACGUUCCACUCUAUUUUGCAUGUCUAUCGGACUAUUUCAUACAACUGAUAAUCAAAAGGGGAUUGGAUUUAGAAGACUCUCUAAUUGACCAACUCUACCUAAACGCUCGUUGCUAUCUUCCAAUCGUCUACCCACUAGCCCUGAUAGCAUUGAAUAAAAACCUCCGAGCCGACUACUUUGCCAACUUCAUUCUCUGCCGGAAAGCCCGAAACCUUCACAAAGAGUCAAAAGUGAAAGUGAUUGCUACCCGGGAAUCUCAAGAAUCCAUUAUAGCAAAUCUAAAAAUGAUUGGAAUUUUGAGCGAUGUCGAUACUGGUCAGAAUGGUCCAUCUGCAGCAGGACUUGCCAUGAUGGGAAUGGGCGGUGCCAUGCCAACAAGACCUGUCAGCGGAAUGGGUCAACGAGUAUCCAUUGCAAAGGACCCAACAUCUAUAACCUCCGUUGUAAGCAUGCCAAAAACUAGCACCGCUUCGAUGGGCGGAGGAAUGAUGAUGUUCCACACGAGACCCAAGAACUCGGUACCAUCUGUUGGAUCUGUUGGAUAA